UCACAUUCUCGGCGUCAAUUUGAAUGUCAUUCUUAAUCUGAUUCCGCACAUACUUAGUGUAUUGAUUUCUUGCGGAAUCUCGGAUCACGCUUAGACACAAGCAUGAAGAUGCAUAUAUGCCAGCUUUCACCGUUAAUGUUUGAUUGACAUUCUAUGUUAGAUCUUGUUCUUUAUCAUCACCAUCAACGCAGCAAACAUUUAUAUCUCAAAAUCAUCACCAAAAUGGCACCAAAAAGAAGAUUAGACGAAAAGAGGAAAUUGCAAAAUCGUGAAGCUCAAAGAAGGUUUAGAGAAAGGGCUAAAUUGAGAAAUGGAACGACAAAAAGAAGCAGUGAAGAAUCAAGUGAAAAGGGAAGUGUAUCACCUGAAAAUACACAAGCUACCGCUUCAUCAUUUCCGAAUGCCUAUAUGCAAAAGGAUGAUUUGAACGCUACUUCAACAUUCAUUCAAAGCAUUUUUCAGACUGCCACCUUGGAUUCUGUUGGUGGGAAUGACUCUUUACAGAAUGCAUUAAUGGCAAGCUUGACUCAACUCAACAAAGAGAUGGAUAGAUGCGAUAAAGAAGAUAUACUGAAAUAUACAGCAACACAAAGUAUAGAAUGUGAAAGGAGAGAAUCCUCAACUAGUGGAUCAAGUAUUAGCAUGGACUCAACUUCUCCUUCUGAAUCUACUUAUUCUUCACCUAGCAAUCAAUCUUCCUCUUCUACUUCCAAUUGGCUUGGAUUGACUAUUAAUGAAGAAAAUCCUCUCGAUCUUACAGGCGUAACCGAUUUCACCACGGAAGAUUGGUCUCAACUCAUGGAACAAAUUGUAGAUCCAGCCUCUUUGCAAUUACCCGUUGAAAUGCAACAAGAUACUUUUUCCAUUCCAGAAAUUGAAAUUCUUCCUCAAUCUCAAACGAUGGUCUUGGCUUCUCCCAAAAAAGUUGAUACUGUCAUUGCUCAAUCAACACGACUGCCUUCACCAUUAGGAGCAGAUCAACUUCUUUUACCUCGAUUACACUUCAUGCAAUCGGCUCAACUGAAUGCGGAUAAACUCGGUCUGACGUUUGAUUAUCUGCACAACUGUAAUGCAAUCAGUACAAUCAGUGAAGGAUGGUCAAGGUUUCGCAAGCAAUCACGAUUUGAUAUUGCCAAGAUCGAUCCAUUGAAAGCACUCCAAGUUUCCAAAGCACAAUAUGACAUUGUUGCAUAUGCUGCCAACGCACCGGAUAUUUCUCAAUUGAUCGAAAACAAAAUCAGAAAAAGUUUACGAAACGGGCCAACAGCAUUACAGUUACGAUCAGAAAAUGAAUGGAAAUGGGACAACGUUUCUGAGAAUAUGAAACCAACCGAUAUUCAAUUGAGUGUCGAACAUCAUCCUUACAUCGAUGUCGCAUUUCCAUGGAAAUCUAUGCGAGAUAAAAUUAUCUUGUUGAGUGGAAUUUUAUUCGAACCGGAAAAUUUAUGUAUUGCAGCAAUGUAUGGCGAUCCUUCAAGCGGAGAACAAGCAUUCAAAAUAUGGGGAGAUGAUCCUUCCAAUGAAAUGACAUGGGAAAUCAGUGAAUCUUUCAUCCGUCAAUGGUGGUUCUUGAUCGAUAAAUCAAUCUUACGUCAAACGAAUUGGUGGAGAAGGCAAAGAGGAGAAAAGUCAAUCGUUGAAGAGAAAAUUGUAUAAUUUGGAUAAAUAAAGUUGUUUCUUUGUAAUUGUAGUAUAAUCAUAAACAGUAUUAUUUGUUGUAUAUAGCUUUAGCUGUCAAUAUCAUCACUCCUCCAUUUUUA